AUGGAAUCCCAGUCAACACAUCCUCGUUUGCCCUUUAUCCCGAAGCCUGGAGAUCAGCGAGCUUCUCAUCCGAAAAAGCAACUUGUCGCAUCAUCAGUUCAGCAAGCACCCGCUCAACCAGCCAUGGCGCCCACUCCAGCAGCUAAAAUUCACUUUCUAGCUAAAUCACUCACCGGGACCAAAUCAUUCCAGGAAAAAUCUGAAAGCUUCACUCGCGGGCUCGCGAUGGUGGCAGAUAGCACGGCGGACAUGUCAUCCAUUCUUUCAGACAUCAUCAGGUGCUCUGAAGCUGGUUCAUUAAUCUAUAAACAAGCUAAGAGAGAAGAGGCAAGAGUGCGCAGUGGCUGCUGGAAUAACUAUUUCAUGGAGGUUGCCUCUGAGGCUCAGUGGUUGACAAACACAUGGGGUGGUCUGACCUGGCUCCCCGCUGAUGUUCGGGCUGUGCUACAGCAAUCUUAUGGUACUCCAGUGCCUUCAUCCUAUGUCAGGAGGCUGGUCUUGAUCACACGGGCGGCAAAGGCCAAGGGAAUCGACCUGCACUCUCUGUGGGUUGACGGCGGUCUCCUCAGAAAGGCAGUAGGGAAUGACGGCCAACAGUGUCUCUACCAUUCACUGGCGCAGAUAAUUGUCGACGAGAUCAUGAACGGAGGAACUCCAGUGGCCAAAAAGGCUCCUCAUCAAAGUCGUCAACGCUCGACUGUUGUUCAUCUCAACAGUGGAAGCCAAAAGUCCAGCGACAAUAAAACCGGCAGAAGCGGAUCUAUUGAGACUACACCCAUUCGUGGAGAUUUUAGUCACGAAACUCCUAUCGCGCAUGGCAACGAUGGUCUUCCAGUGCCCUCGGACACGGGAACAUCUAAAAGUCUUAAAGCACACAACCCCCAGUCCACAAGCGGAAUAAAGGAACCUGCGCCCCCAGUAACCAGAAAGCGGACGUUUGAGCAGAUGAACGGCGCAGAGAACUCAACUCACAACAAGUACAAGACCCUCAUAAUGAGCAUCAAGCCCGGAAAGAUUACACAGCUACGAAGCGAAGCAAUCCAGAAACUUGAACAAGCAGAGUCCGAGAAAGCGGCGGCGGACUACGCACUAGGAGGCCUAGAAGCGCGAGAAGAACAGCUUCGGCAAAUCCGCUCUCAUAGCAGGGAAUUGAUCGACACUACGAAUAGUGGACUGAGAGACUCGGCUAAUCAUGAUGUUCUGGCUGGAAUUGUGGCGAAUACAGGAGAGAUCUACUUCAAUGGUAUCAACACACUACUUGAUUCCUUUCUUCAGGUGCCUUCUGGUUCUCGAAAUGAACGUACGGCUGAAUUGUUGCGAGUGCGACAUAUCGAAGCGGUCGACAAGCUUAAUAAAGCCAAGAAGCAGAUGCGAGUUGUCGGCCAUAUAGAGAAAGCACGAGCGAUACAGGAGAACUACCUUCAGGCGAGGGACUUUGGACAGAGUAUACGUGCUCUCUGGCUUCAAACAGACGAGCGUGUCAGAGACUUAGAGAAAGCGUGCAUUGUUGCGUUCAGUUGUGCGGAGGAAGAGGAAUAG